UAACAAUAAUAUUGUUGAUGGUGCGAUACGCAUAAUCUAACAUGACAACGACGAUGAUGGUGACGCCGAUUGCAACGGUGUUUGUUCUAGUGCUGGCGCAGCACGGUUGGACCGAAUCAUUUCGAGGUCAUCACGGAGUUUCGUUCCCUUUCAGAAUGGGAUGUUAUCACCUCGAUGUACUACCAAGGAAACCAACAGCCCUCUUUUCAAAACAACAUCACAAUCACUUUCAGCAGCAAUUUCCAAUUCCGGCCAUGCCGUCGGAUAAUUUCAGAAAGAUGGCACAGUCUCAACUGGAACUUCUUGCUAGUUCUCUUUCUCGCGCCGAUGAUCCUUCGAUUAGCAAAGUCCAGUCAAUGAUUCUCUAUCUUCCACAAGAAAAUUCUUUCACUGGACAACUAGAAUUCACUCCUGCUAUCUUAUACCCGGAUCCAAGCACCGAACGAGUCUUCAUCGCCUCGGAUGCUGCAUCAGGGCAAGCUCCGACGUUACCGAAAUCUCUGUCGAAGUUGCCGGGCUUUUCUUCUGCCCCAGAUUUACUACCUGGAUACCCCAUGCUUGCAGGUGGUAACGAUCCUGGGGUAGGUACUGUUGAAGAAGUAUUAUGUGAUAUUCGAUUGAAGACGUCGGCCCUUUCGAUUCCACUUUUAUCUGGUUCAGAAACCGUUGGCGUACUUUUGGUAUCGCCAACGGUAACACUCGAUAACAAGAGCAGUGUCGAAAACGGCACAUCUUGGACAAAACGAGAGAGAGAGCAAGUUUCCCUGGCUGCACAGAGUUUGUCCAUGGCUCUGAGAAUGGACAACGAGCGUAAUCUCCUUCGGGAACAAAAUAGUGUUUUUCGGGAGAAUCUUUCCGAUAGUUUGCAUCAAAUGAAGAAUCCUAUACAGGCCCUGAGAACUUAUGGCAAAAUUCUGCAACGACAGGUUGCUGAUACAACAAGCGACGGUAGUGGUACACCUGAACUCUUGGAGUUAGCCGAGAGACUCAUGGUUCAGAGUGAUCGGGUGGUCGAUAUGUUGGGUCCAAUGGAUUCAUUGGUUGAAACGUUGGAUCAGCCAAACUCUGUUGUGAUGCUUCCCCCUGCAAUAAGUAACAAUACUGAGAAUGUGCAGUCGAUGGUACUUUGGAAUGACCAUCCUUCGAACAAUAGCGCCAUGGUCCCAAGGUCCAAUCCAGAAGCAACUAUCGACGAGAAUGACCCUCAACCUCUAGCUCCAGAGAAGAUUACCAUCGAAAACCGAAAAGAAACCGAAAUAGAUGGCUUGCAGGCAACCGUAAUUGGGGAUUUCGAAACCGAAAUGGUGUUUAUUACUGAUGUUCUUGAAAGCGUCUUCGACACUUUCGAAGCGAUUGCAUCCGAAAAUGAUAUUAAGUUUGAGGUCUCAAUUGAAGACAUAGACGAUCUACCCGGUGUAUUCGUAGCUCCCAAGAGUUUUCAGGAAGCUACAAGCAAUGUCUUGGAUAAUGCUUUCAAGUAUGUUGUUCUACCGAAGGAUGACGCACUGUUUACAAGAAAUCCCAAUCCUGAAGUUCGAGUUCGAAUAUAUCCCAAUGAUCACGUCGAAAGGCCCGGCGUAACAGUUCUUGUGGAAGACAAUGGGCCAGGAAUAGCAGAAGACGAUCUCGACCUCAUUUUUGAACGGGGAUUUCGCAGUGACAAAACGUCAUCGGACGUUGGGGGAAGAGGAAUAGGGUUGGGAUUGGCAAGAGCUCUUAUGAAACGAAUGGGAGGAUAUCUUGGUCCAGCAAGCGAUGACGACAUGUCGCAUUUUACAGAUAUUCUCGAUGGUGCAAAGAUGAAAUUAGAGGUCAGCCGGAAGCCGUAUGCAUCGCAUCGAUAACAUGUGAGUCCCCGCAGUGAUAGACUUAGAUAUUAGAAUGAUAAAACAUGAACACUAUUACCAAAACGAAAUUUUCAUAAAGCUGGAAACAUUUAGAAUAAUUCCAACGCAUGGAAACCUUGUCGGACAAGGCGACGGUCGUUAUCUAUGAGCAACACUCAGAAGCGCGUCUGCCACAACCUCUGCGGGAUCGAUGAAUUUCAUCGGCAGGUCGGUGAUAUGUUUUGCGUUGAUUAGCGGGAGCUCGGUACACGCGAGGACACAAACCUUCACACUUUGCGAAGCAACGUCUCUCAGCAAGCCUUCGUAUUCCGUAAGUGCAUCUCCGCUCGUGUGUGCCGUUCCUUCUUGUUUAACUUUCCAGAUGACUCGCUGCAGAAUUGAAGUGCACGAUGAUGGUGGCCUGUAGAAAUAGUCUUUGCCCACCUCUUCCACAAGCCGACGAUAGGAUGAAUUACCGUCGAGAUCCAUGGUUACGGGUCCGCCAAGGAUCGAAAUUUUCGCGCUCUCGUCGCCAUUCAGCUCAUCCUUGCAGGCUUUGAUCGUUGAGGAUAUAAUCGACACAAACAUGGAUGGAUUCCGUCCCAAAGCUGCGACUGUUUCCCGGAUCUGUGCCUCGAACAUGUGCAGCGUGUUGCAUGCAACACAGAAGACGUCCACCAGCGGCACGAUCUUCCGUAUUGUGUCCAGAAGUGCCGUCCGAGAUUGUUCGUAGGUCCCAUCAGGAUUUCUAGGGUCGACAUCGAUCGCCGUGCGUGGUCCUCCCAGUUCCGAAACACUUAUCAAAAGUAUGUUCGGAGCAUCCCGGUCGGAUUUGUACGUUUCCCCCAUCUUUUUUCUAUUCAUUGAGACGACCUUGCCGAACAAGUCCGCCCCGGCUUCAGGUCCCGAUCCACCUAUAAUCCCUAUCA